AUGCUUCAAAUGGAUCUUAUUAUUGAAAAAAUAAGAAAUAUACUUAAAGACCGUUGUAUUCAUUUUCUUGUCGAGCAACUCAAAAAGGACAGAAUUAAAUAUACUGAAUUUUAUAAGGGUUAUUCUUUAUUUCUUAAAGAAGGAAUUCUGACUGAUCAAUCAAAUCAAACAAAGGAAGAUAUUGCACAGCUUUUGUUGUUUGAAUCAUCUAAUACGCGUUCUGGCACUUCGACUUCUUUAUCUGAAUAUGUUGAGAGAAUGCAAACUGACCAAAAAUGUAUUUACUAUCUUUAUGCUCCCAGUCGUCAAUUGGCCGAGACUUCUCCAUAUUAUGAAAUGUUUGAUAAAAGAUUUGAAGUUCUUUUCCUUACUGACCCAGCAGAUGAACUUGUCUUCCUUGCAAUGCCUCAAUUUCAUAUGAAACAAAUUCUAUCAAUCGAACAAUGGGUUAAAGAUGAAGGAGUAUCAAAGGAUGAAAGCAAAGAAGUUACAAGAGAUCCAGUUAAAAAAGAGUUUCUUACCUGGCUAAAAGAUUCACUCGGUUCAGUACGUGUUACUGAUGUUAAACCAAACACAAGCCAAUCAGAACAUCCUUUUAUGAUGGAACAUUUAGUUUAUUUAAAUCCAGUACUUCAUGUCAACUUCACCCACCCUUUAAUUCAAGGAUUACAAAAACUUUAUAAAAAAGAGCCAGAAUUGGCAUUAAAAAUAUCUGAACAAGUUUACGAUAAUGCUUUAAUUUCUGCUGGUCUUUUAAAAGAUUCGAGUAAAAUGGUUGGAAGACUUAAUAAAAUUUUGGCUGAUUUAUUACAAUUGAAUACUGUUAAAUCUUCAAUUAUUACUCCUUGA